UCAUCUGGUUGAGUGCAGACUGAUUGAAUGACCAAAUUUUUGAGUAGUAACGCGAUAACUCAGGUGCAAUAUCCUCACCUCGGCUCAGUUCGUUGGCAACUCUUAUAAGCUGAAAGUGGCAAGUCUCGGGAACACUGAUUUACAUAGUUCUGGCCUGAUCAGAAAUGAGCUCAUAGGACAUAGACCUACAAUGAAUGCCUCCAUACAAUCUCUACUCGCAGAAAUGAAAAGUUCAGUGCCUCCUUCGGCUGCAUAAGAAAACAAAGGACUCCAAUAAUGCUAACGACGGCUCUCCAAUGUCCAGCUCUGAUGUUGAAACUUUUAAUGGCAAAAUAGUUUACAAUCUUGACGGCAGUGCGUUAAUAAUCGAUGCAGGCAAUGCGACUAUUUCGCCUAGCAUUAAUUUAAGAUCUAGCUGUGCAACAACGACACCAACAGCAACAGCAGCAGGAGCAGCAACAGUAGCAGGAGCAGGAGCAGGAGCAGGAGCAGGAGCAGGAGCAGGAGCAGCAACCGCCAUAGGAAGACCAAUACCUACAGCCACACCUGCACAGUUAGCAGCAAUAGAGACUCGGAGCAGGACACAAGGGGACAGUGACGGCAAAGUUGAGGGUGAAGAUAUCGGAUUGGAUGGAAUUUCUAGUGUGUCCAGCCACUUGAGUCCAAAGAUCCAUUCAUUUCGUGUUGUGUCCGCCCAAGAUGCCAGCAGCCAUUGUCUGGAUGCAAUAAAUGCGUUUCAGACACACAAUCAUAAGCCGAUAUUGAUGUGCUUCAUAUGCAAAUUGUCCUUCGGCACUGUCAACUCCUUCAGUUUGCAUGCGAAUAGCGAACAUCAACUGAAUCUGGUGGAACUGGAGCAGCAGUUAUUGAAUCGGGAAUUUUCGAGUGCGAUCAUUCAACGUAAUAUGGAUGAGAAGCCGCAAAUCUCAUUUCUACAGCCAUUGGAUGUUAAGGAUGCCCUGGACAUUAAUGCUAGCGAAACGAAACACAUUAAGGAUCAGUUGUCGGGCUCUGGCUUUGGCCGGGGCGAGAGCUCGAGUGCUGAGGAUGCUGAAGGUGAUAUUGAGAUGACGGAGCAGUUGGAUAGUAUAGCGUCAACUGUAAAAUUUGGUUCCUUAAAUUCAGCAACAAUUAAGACUAAUAACAAACCAGGUGCAGGUGCAGGUGCAGGUGACGGUGCUGGUGCUGGUGCUGGUGCUGGUGCAACGGUAUCGACAACAUGUAACUCACCUGCAACAGCGAGACGAUCAUCAGCAUCGCCGACAGAUACAGUUGAGACGUUGAUGGGGUCCAGACGUUCUCCCACACCGCCGCCCCCACCUUCACCUCCUCCACCCCCUCCAGCCUCAGCUCCACCUGCUCCACCUGCUCCACCUUCUUCACAUGUAAAGUCCAGUACUGAUAAUAUAGAUAGCGAUAAGUCAAAUAAGCGUAGCCAAAGGUCAGAGUCAAUUGCCUCUGAAUGUGGCACUGAUUCACCCACACUUCCACUACAGCCAUUACAGCAGCUGCAGCAGCAGCAACAGCAGCCUAUCGAUGCAGAUGCUGCAGCGUUAACGGCAGCCGAUAUCUUACAGCAACAUCUGCUCUCACUUCAGCAGCAGCAGCAGCAGCAACAACAUGUGGCCGGCGCUUAUCCACCCACAAUGCAGGCUCAGGCCCAACUAAGUUCCUUUCAUGCUUCUCUCACGGCUAUAGCUAAUGAACAGAAUGCGCGAGGUGUUAAGCUACUCACAGAAUUUCUGCAGCAGCAGCUACAGCAACAGCAGGUGCAACAACAACAACACCAACAACAGAAACAUCUUCUGCUUCCCACACACUGCUUGGAGCAUCCCGAUUUUAAGGGUGUUGACUGCAAAACUUGCGAAUUGAUUGAUAUUCAACACCGGACCAAGUCGCCGGCUACACCUCAAUCCCAAUCCCAAAUGCAAUCCCAAUCCCAAUCCCAAUCCCAAACGCAAACCCAAACCCAAACCCAAUGCCAAUCACAGUCACUGCCGCAGCCUCUGCGCUCGCCCAAUGGCAGCAUCUCAGCAUCUAUGCCCAUCUCGCCUACCGCCUCAUCCGUUGGCAAUGUGCCAGCUUCGAGCUUCACAAUAGGCGCCUGUUCUGACCACAUCAACGGACGACCUCAAGGCGUGGAUUGCGGUCGCUGUGAAAUGCUUUUAAGCUCGGCUCGUCUUAACAGCGGGGUUCAGAUGUCUACGCGCAACUCCUGCAAAACACUCAAGUGUCCGCAAUGCAAUUGGCAUUACAAAUACCAGGAAACACUGGAAAUCCAUAUGCGCGAAAAACAUCCAGAUGGAGAGAGUGCCUGUGGCUACUGUUUAGCAGGUCAACAGCAUCCCCGGCUAGCACGUGGCGAAUCAUACUCAUGCGGCUACAAGCCGUACCGGUGUGAGAUUUGCAACUAUUCGACGACUACAAAGGGCAAUCUGUCGAUACACAUGCAGUCGGACAAGCAUUUGAACAAUAUGCAGGAGCUGAACAGCUCUCAGAAUAUGGUUGCUGUGGCAGCAGCAGCAGCUGCGGCCAGCGCCAAAUUAAUGCUGCCCAGCCCAACGCCCACUCAAGCAGCGCCGCCACAAGCGGCAGCCGCAACGAGUGUAAGUGCUUCAGUUAAUGCAAAUGCUGUGUCCAGUAACGCAACAAUAACAACUAAGGAAAUAUCAACGACAGCAACAGCCUUGUCCUCGAGCAAGCCGAAGCCAACGUUUCGCUGCGAUAUUUGCAGCUAUGAAACAUCGGUGGCACGGAACCUACGCAUUCACAUGACCAGUGAGAAGCAUACGCACAACAUGGCCGUGCUACAAAAUAAUAUCAAGCACAUACAGGCGCUGAAUUAUCUGCAGCAGCAGCAGCAGCAGCAACAGCAGCAGCAGCAGCAGCCGCAGCAACAGCCAGCAGCAGCAGCAGGAAAUUCGAGCAGCUUUAUGACAGCUGGGCCAGAGGUAGCCUUAGCUGAUUUGGCUUACAAUCAAGCGCUGAUGAUACAGCUGCUGCAGCAGAACGCCCAGGCGCAGCAGCAACAGUUGCUGCCGUCCACUGCCAGCAAAUUGUCGCCAACAAACACGAGCUCGCCAGUUAGCACGCCCGAGCAGUUGCAUGCCACAUUUUCUGCAUAUUCGCCAAAGCCCAUGAAAAUGCCAACUGGGAUCAUGAAUCUAACAACUGCAACGGCAGCGGCGGCUGGGUCAAGUGUCGAGUCGGAGGCAUUCGAUGCGUACACGGAGAGUCAGCCUGAACUAUGGCCCACGGCCCUCUACAGCUGCCUCAUAUGCGACUGCUACAGCACUAACGAUAUGGAGGAGUUGAACCAACACUUGUUGCUGGAUCGAUCGAGGCAGCUGUCGAGCACGUCCACGGACAUCAUGGUCAUACACAACAACAACUAUAUUUGUCGCUUGUGCAACUACAAGACCAAUCUGAAGGCCAACUUUCAGCUGCACAGCAAAACGGAUAAGCAUUUGCAGAAGCUCAACUUUAUCAAUCACAUACGUGAAGGUGGGCCGCGCAACGAGUACAAGUUGCAAUAUCAAACCCAGGUGGCAGCAAAUGUGGUGCAGCUGAAGUGCAACUGCUGCGAUUUCCAUACCAACUCGAUACAGAAGCUGUCGCUGCACACGCAGCAGAUGCGGCACGACACAAUGCGUAUGAUCUUUCAGCACUUGCUGCACAUUGCACAGAAGAGUCGACUCCAUCGCUGUUACCGGGAGUCACCAAUGCCCAUGCAAUUGCUGCACGACGAGCAACAGGAGCAGCAGCAGGCAUCGCCUUCGUCCUCGAAGAAAUCCCUUUGCUGUCAACUCUGCAACUUUUUGGCCAAAAAUCUACAUGAAAUGGUGCAGCACGUCAAGGGCUUGCGGCACAUGCAGGUCGAGCAGUUCAUUUGCCUCCAGCGACGUAGCGAAAAUAUCGAAAUGCUCGGUCUCAAUGAGGUCUUCAAGGUCACCGAACAGAUGCCGCUAUCCAACACUGAAGAUUCAAGCCUUGAUUGCGGUCUCAAUUUGGCAACGACAGCUUCUGUUAGUGCGGCGACAGAAAUGGGCUUCGGAUCAUCCACUGAUGGCAACAUAUUCUCGCCGGCCUCUGUCUCCAGCUGUGCCACAUCCUGUGGUAAGACACAGCCGCGCACCCUUUCCCCAUUGUCAUCGAGCGCGCCACACGAACUGAGUUCCAGCAGUGCGUCAACGACUAUUUUCAAAUGUAAUAUCUGCGAAUACUUUGUGCAAUCGAAGAAGGAUAUGGAAAGUCACAUUGAGGCAGUUCAUCCCAGUGCCGAGAUCGACGAUUAUAUCAGUAUACCGACAAAUACGGCAGCACUACAAGCCUUCCAAACAGCCGUCGCAGCUGCUGCUCUCGCUGCCGUCCAGCGUUGCAGUGCCACGCCCACGUCGACGCCGACGCCGACGGCAACGCCCACAACACCAGACGAACGGGGCAUGGGCAUAGACAUCGACGAUUGCCCUGUCGAAAUUAAGCGCGAACGCUUAGACGAAACCGAUGAGACCAUUAGAGCUGAAGCUAAGGAUAGCAACAAGAUCGCAAACGAAAAGCUGCCCCAAUCGGGUGUUGCAUGUCCCCUAUGCCUGGAGAGCGGCUACUGUGAGAAGUCGUUGCUGGAAGCGCACCUGAUGAGUGUGCACAGUGUGACCCGAGAUGGACUCGCUCGACUCCUGCAACUGGUCAAUCAGAAGGCGUGGCGUCCUGUCAAGAACGCCGAUGCGACAACUACUGACGAUGGCAAAAGUGCGCUGAAUGAUACUACGCCCACAAUAGCCGUAGCAAUGGGCGUCAUGCAGGGCAUGGCGUGCCAGCAGUGCGAGUCGAACUUCAAGCACGAAGAACAACUGCUGCAACACGCCCAACAAACGCAGCAUUAUCCAAUGCAGAACGGUGAAUACCUUUGCCUGCUGGUCAACAAUGUCAGUCGUCCGUGCUACAUGAGUUUUGCUACCUUGUCUUCAAUGAUUGGACAUUUCAAAGACUCGCACAUGAGUCUCGUCAUCUCGGAGCGACAUGUCUACAAAUAUCGCUGCAAGCAGUGUUCGCUGGCUUUCAAGACACAGGAGAAGCUUACCGCUCAUAUGCUCUACCACAGCAUGCGCGAUGCCACCAAGUGUUCCCUGUGCCAACGUAACUUUCGCAGCACUCAGGCACUCCAGAAACACAUGGAGCAAGCGCAUUCAGCCGAGUGUACGGCUGUCACGAGCAGCAGUCCUCGAGAUAUGUCGCCCAGUCCACUGCUUAGCGCUAUGGAAUUGGAUAAAACUCCAGCAGAGCCAAAUGUUUUUGACUUUACUACGACUCGAGCCAGUGAAACAGUUGCCAAAACAAACGAAACUGGAGUGAAGCACUCUCCGCGGCGUUCAAGCUCGCCAUUUCACUUAGACGCACAAUCGAAGGAAGCAGCCACGAGCUCACAGUUGCAGUCGCCAAAUGUGUUGGAUGAGCCUUCGCCAACGGAGCAGCAGCAGCAUUUUGCAGUGCUGACUGCAGCGUUGCUCAAACAGCAGCAGCAGCAGCAGCAACAGCAUCAAGAGUCCUCGGAUGCUCAGCAAUUGGCAAUGUCAAGCGGCGAGCUGCAUCAUUUACAGCUGCAGGCACAGCAGGACAAAGCUCAUCAGCAUCAGCAUCAGCAUCAGCAGGCUCCGUUUGUUAACCUAAAUCCGCAGUCAUUCCAAGGACUUCAGAGUAUACAGAGCCUGCAGCAAAUACAGCAGCAAUUGAAUGCUGCUGCAGCGGGCUCAGGUAUGCCCAUAAAUCCGGUGGAUAUGCUCAAUUUGAUGCAAUUCCAUCAUUUGAUGUCGCUCAAUUUCAUGAAUCUAGCUCCGCCAUUAAUAUUUGGUGGCAAUGCAGCAGCUGGAGCUGCUGGAGCAGCAGCUGGAAUAUCCAGUGGAGUAGGCGGAGUCCAGAACAAUGGCAUUGGUUCCGCCUCAGCAGCAGCAACCAGCAGCUCUGAACGUCAGCCCAAGUGCUCAGGCAGUGCAGCAGGCAGCUUGACAACGGAUGCCGCCAACAUCAAUAUAAUUCCGACCAACAACAAUCAGCAACAGCUGAGUAGCAAUCAGAAACGGGCUCGCACACGCAUUACAGAUGAUCAACUAAAGAUUUUGAGAGCUCAUUUCGAUAUAAACAAUUCGCCCAGCGAGGAGAGCAUUAUGGAAAUGUCUCAGAAGGCCAAUCUGCCAAUGAAGGUUGUCAAGCACUGGUUUCGUAACACGUUGUUUAAGGAACGACAGCGAAACAAGGACUCGCCUUACAAUUUCAAUAAUCCGCCAUCAACAACUCUCAAUCUAGAGGAGUACGAACGGACUGGGCAAGCUAAGGUGACCUCAUUAACUCCAACAGAUGCUCCAGUCGCGCCAUUGAGCACAGCAGCAGCAACAUCAGCGGCAACGGUUGCAGGAGCAGCAGCAGCAGCAGCAGCCAACAACAACCUAAUAGCAGCCACAUCGUUGUCAGCGGCAACAGCAACAAAUCUCAGUAGCAAUAUAAGCGAUUUUUUUAAAACGCAAGUUGUUGACAUGAUGCACACUCAGCCGGUAGCUGAGCAGGAGAAUCCAUUGCCAUUGGAGGUGCAAAUCAAAUCUGAACCGCAUGACGACAAUCUGGACUUCUUUCACAAAAAGCAGCAACAGCAACAGGAGCAGGCGUUUGAGUUUCUGAACCAACAGCAGAUUGAGGCAGCGGAGUCAUUGAUGCCACAUCAUCAUAAUGUGGACAUUAUGCACGAUAACACAAUGCAACAGCUAUCAACCGGACACUAUCAAAAUCAGCAACAACAGCAACAACAGCAACAACAGCAACAACAGCAACAACAGCAACAGCAACAGCAACAACAACAGACGAAUUGUUUUGAAACAAAGUCCGAAAGUGGAAGUUCAGAUGUGCUGUCGAGACCGCCAACUCCGAACAGCGUGGCAGCCAGCAAUUUGUAUAGUAGCAUGAAUGAUUUGCUCAGCCAGCAGCUGGAGAAUAUCGGCAGCAACAUGGGUCCGCCCAAGAAAUUGCAAAUAUCUGGUAAAUCAUUUGAGAAGAUAGCGGGCACAAGCUCAUCAUCAACGCCGUCAACAACAGUUUGCCUGGAGAGCAACUCGUCAAAUUCAUCGAAUUCAUCGUCUUCAACGUCCGGUGGCAAGCGAGCAAAUCGCACACGUUUCACUGACUAUCAAAUAAAGGUGCUGCAGGAGUUCUUCGAAAACAAUUCAUAUCCCAAGGACAGUGAUCUGGAGUAUCUAAGCAAAUUGCUGCUGCUGUCGCCAAGGGUAAUUGUCGUCUGGUUUCAGAAUGCACGACAGAAGCAGCGUAAGAUCUACGAGAACCAGCCCAAUAAUUCCCUGUACGAAAGUGAGGAGACCAAGAAGCAUAAUAUCAAUUAUGCCUGCAAGAAGUGCAGUCUAAUAUUUCAGCGCUAUUACGAACUGAUCCGUCAUCAGAAGAAUCAUUGCUUCAAGGAGGAAAACAACAAAAAGUCGGCUAAGGCACAAAUUGCAGCUGCACAAAUCGCUCACAAUCUAAGCUCAGAGGACUCCAAUUCGUCCAUGGAUAUACAUAAUCAUCAGUCAACGGGCAGCCUGGGUCAGAAUGUGGCAGCUGCUGUUGCUGUUGCUGCUGCUGCGGCAGCAGCACAUUCAGUACAUUCGAGCUCGCAGCCAUUUGGCUCAUCUCCGUCGCCGCAGCAUCUGUUUAGUAAGGCAUCAUCGCUGACCGACUUCAGUCCGUCGACAACCCCAACGCCACCACAGAGGGAGCGCAGCAAUAGCCUCGAUCAGCAACGCUUGCCCAAAUUUGACUGCGAGAAGUGUGAAAUGCAGUUUAAUCAAUUGGAAUUGCUACGUGAGCAUCAAUUGAUGCAUUUGAUGAGUCCAGCUCUGUUUCCUGCUGGCAACCAUCAGUCCUCGAGUCAGUCUGAAGCGGCAUAUGGCCCCUUUGGCAGCAUAUUGCAGGGAUUGCAGCAGGCUGCACAGCAGCAGCAACAACAACAACACCAGCAGCCGCAGCAGCAGCAACAGCCGCCAGCAAAAAAGAGAAAAUGCUCUGAAAGCUCUAUGAACGCUGAGGAAGUAUCAAUGGGAGAGUUUGAGACUACACAAAAGAAAUACGAGUUCCUAUAUCAAUAUUUUAUGCAGAAUGAAAGCAAUGCGGAGGUUAAGCAGCAAUUUCUUGUACAACAUCAGCAACAGCAGCACGGAAGUGAAACCGACUUGGAAUUAGAGUUCCUGAGCCAUUUUUAUCAACAAAGCGAACUAAAGAAGGUUAAUAACUAUGAUUUCUUACUGCAAUAUUAUCGCAAAAAUGAGGAUACGCUGAAGCAACACAACCAGCAAUUGUCCUUUAGCUCUAGCAAGAAACCAACAAUUGAAUUUCUGUUACAGUACUAUCAGCUAAAUGAGUCGAAGAAGUUUUUUCAGUUAGCUGCCUCGCCCCAAACAGAGUCUCGACCGUCGUCGCAGCAGCCGACCGCGACGGCGGAUGAACCAAACAAAUUGAUCGGCGUUCAGGAGCAAGAGCAGCAACAGCAGCUCCAACAACAGCUUCAAGAGGAAAAGGGUAAGAUUGAGCUCACUAGACAUCUGGAGGAGCAGGAGCAUAACAUAGAGCCAGUUACGCAAGGCGGUCAAGUGGUUCUAACUGAUUCGAACGAUCUAUUGACGCCUGAUGAAAAGCUCAACAAUAAUCAUAUCAGCAUAAAUAUCAAUGAAUCUCAACGUAUGCUAAGCAGAGAUACGAAGGAAAAUGCCAUCGUUGAGCGUCGUGACAAGUUGGAGCAAUUGAACAGCUCGAAUGAGCCAAUCAACGGGGAUAAACACAAAUCGCCCAGCGAUAAGCCGCAGUAUUUUCAGAAUCUCGAAGACUUCCUCGACGCAACAAUGAUUGAGAACAAUUCACAGAUGCUAACAUUCAAUGAUGACGACAGUCCGAGUCCAAAAGUUGAAAAUGUCAAAGCAAAUGAUUGUUUGCCUCUGGACACUACUUCAGUGCAGCUAAGCGCCCCGUCCAAGCAGAACAAACGGCUGAGAACAACAAUACUUCCAGAUCAGUUGAACUUCCUGUAUGAAUGCUACCAAACCGAGUCGAAUCCCAGCCGUAAAAUGCUUGAGGAGAUUUCAAAAAAAGUCAAUCUUAAAAAACGUGUCGUGCAAGUUUGGUUUCAAAACUCACGGGCUAAAGAUAAGAAAUCGAGGAAUCAACGACAAUAUGCUCACAUUUCGGAUGACAACAACAGUUUCGACGGAUCAAGUGGGAAGGAAGCUGGCAACAAUAGCAAUAAUAGCAACAAUGUUGGUGGUGUUGGCAUCAAAUCAAGCAAAUCUCUAGUUUUGGGCCAAGAGGCUAGCGAUCAGCCACUGCAGGAUUGCCAAUUAUGCCAAAUACCACAGGUAAAUAUGCAGAAGCAUGCAUUCAGCGUCGAGCACAUCUGCAAGAUGAAGGAGCUGCUUGAGCAUACCAGCGAGCUCUAUGCUCACAGUAAUGCCAGCGGCAGCGACAAUGACAAUGACUGCGACAGGGGCAGAGAGCGACGCUUCUACAGUCUCUCGAAGGCAUUUCUGCUGCAGCACGUCGUCUCGAAUGCGAGCAGUAGUAUCGCACUCACCUCCUCGACUGGGCAGCUGGAUGAUGAGAACAAUUGCUUGUUGGGCUACGAUCCCAGUGCGUCGGCAUCGGCAUCGGCAUCGGCAUCGGCAUCGGCAUCGGCCUCGGCUGCCAGUGACUUGGCAGAUGGUCGACCGGUUACGACAGCAACAGGCCAUCGUCACUUGGCUGGAGACAUUGCCCUAUCCGUGAAAGACAACGACAUCGAUAUGCCAGAGGCCGGCCGGAAAAGCUCGUCGAGCAAUCGGGAUCUGAUGCAACAACUCUUCAAUCGCAAUCACAUCACUGGUAAGAUUUGCGAAAUCACACGGAUCGCCCCAGCGGAAUCAUAAAUUAUAUUAUUAUUUUUUAUAUUAUAUUUUAAUUUGCUGUAUUU